UUUCCUCCACCAUAAUGUCUUCUUUCACUCUGUCCAUUCCUCUUCUACUAAACCAGCCCUCUUUCACUCCCACUGGCUGUGUUGUCCCCCUCACCGCCUUUCAUGAAGAUACCUUACCGCACGACUUCAGCACUCAGACCUCGCCGCGGGAAUUUCUGCAUCCACUAAACGAAACAUUUCAACUUUUCUUUCAUAUUAAGCGUCUCUCGUUUACAGCUCGGCUUGGCAGCUGAAAAAGUGGAGUUCAGGCUCAUACACGCUGUGUCAGAGGUGUAUUAUUGCUCUGGUUGUUCACCACUUGCAUGUCAAUCUUCCAGAAAGUCGCGCGCGAGGACUGACUUGAGAUUAUUAGGCGCUUGUUUAACAGAUAACCGUGGAAAUACAACUCGACGUGGACCUCCUGAAAGUGGACUUCGGAGAUGAUAUGAGAGUCCUCUGCGGUUUAAACCAUGUGAAGCGGGAGCUGUUGUGGAAAUUUCGUUGAUUAUUGAGUGAGACUGACGGACUGUUGAAUCAAUGUGGUGUUUGCCGAAGUUACGUGUGGCCCGAAACUCACCUCAACGUUGACACGUCUUGGGAGUGAUGCACUGGCUUCCCCUGGUUGCCAUGGUGAUCGCCUCGGCCCUGCCUUUCCCUCAAAGUCCUGUGCCCGGGCUUGUUGCCGCGACGAUAGAGCCUGGCAGAAACGACAGCAACAGCACCAGUGUCCUGAAAGCUGAGACCAACUCAUCAGUGGACAAGCACCCUCAUGGUGCUGUUUCUGACAACAACUACAGCACACCUGAUGUAGCUCCUCCUAGAACAGAGGGUGACCGUAUAUCCAAGGGUAGAACAAACCAAGAGAAUCAUUUAACACAGCACAACCUUUUCAACAACACAAAGCAGGACUACACAGGUGGAGGAGAUAGGACUACCAGAGAAGAUGCAUCCAGGACGAAUGAUCAUAGGAAAUACAAAUCACAAAAGAAUGUGGUCGAAAAGGCCAGUUUUGGCCAGCUUGACCGUAGAAAGUUACACGAAGAAAGUAGUGUUGAGACUUUUCUUAAAGAUGACACAAAUGCAAGAAAUAAACCUCUUGAAGGUCUUGAGUUACCUGUACAGGACAACCAGGACGAAGUUCAACCACAAGGGAAAGAGUUUGAAAUGGAUCCAGGCUUUCGGAUCGAAGAAGAUCAGCUGUUUUUGCUGGACGCCCAUCCUCGAGUGCUCUUCUCCUCGAGUCUUUCCCCACCCAAACAUCCACCUCUGCUCUUAAUGCUGGAGUUGGGCUUGUUGGCCAGUGAUGAGGUAGAGGAUGGGGAAAGCCACACAAUGGAUUCUACGACACCUAGUCACGGAGGUGACAAAGAGGCAUACAGGAACUUACUCUUGGGUGUUUCUGAUUCAACUGGCCACGUUCCUAGAGCCCGCCGCAAGCGACAGGUCGACCAAUACACACAAGGCCGUGAGCGCUCUGUGUGUGAGGCCGAAAGUGGGUGGGUGACUAAGAAGAAAACCGCAGUGGACCAUCGUGGAAAUAAUGUCACUAUUAUGGAUUACAUCCCGACCCAGGCUACGCCACUGAAGCAGUACUUCUAUGAAACAAGGUGCCGCGUGUCAGGAAACGGCAGUGGGCAAGGGGUGGAGGGGGCAGGCUGCUUGGGAGUGGAUAAAAAACACUGGAUGAGCAGGUGCGAAACCAAACAGUCAUAUGUACGUGCCCUCACCUCGAAUGUCAACAUGAAGGUAGGCUGGAGGUGGAUCCGUAUCAACUCCUCCUGCGUUUGUGUGCUGCUCAGCAGAGGAAAGUACUCCACUGAUAGGACGCUCGAGAAGGGAGGAGAGCAAGAGGGCAGAAGGUUCAGUUAGUAUGGACUUUCUUGAAGGAAUGAUUGACAGGUUAUGUACAUGUUUAAGAGUGUUUAAGGGACUGCGUCUAUUCUGGUGCACUGCGUGGGGGAUACUUCCUUUCCAGAUGUUACUACACAUCACUUGACAAAGCCUUAUUGCUGUAACCCAGUGAGGGAUAAUCAUGAAAAUGAAAACCUUUUUACCUUUAAGUUGCCCUCAGAACCUGCAGUGAUUUGGAACACAAAAGGAUAGUGUGGCACCAGAAAGUUUUUCAUUACUUUAGUCACUCUUAAAAAUGUCUGAACUUUACUGCAUUCCAUCAGGAGAGUCUGGAUUUGUUCCCAGAGGGGCACUGUUCAGCAGAGUUUAGCUCCAGCCUUAGACUAGGACGUUCAUAGCAAUUGUGUUGGAAGUAAAAUGUGCAGAACAGUGGCCUUCUAAAAGCAGAGUGAGACACCCCUGCAUUACUGAAUACCCCUUCAAAAAAAGAUGCUUGAAGUUUUCUCUUAAUUUACCAGGGUUUUUUGACCCUGUUUAUGUUUGGUUUUUAGAUGCAUUUUGUUGAUAACGAGAAGAUAAGGUAGACGCAUUCCUGUUGACCUGCUGACUAUUUUGUCCAUUUUCAACCACUUGCCUUUUUCUGAUGUUUAAAAUAUAAUGUGCAUAUUUUAUUGUUAUUUACAAAACUAUAGAGAAUACUGCGGUUUUGAGUUAGAGUCUGUAAAAUAACAGAUAAUAAAUAAAUUAAUAAUAAAUAAGUCAGUUAGACUGGUGAAGGAAGAUUGGGCUUUACAAUAUGAAAAAAGUUGACUACAUUUGCCCUAAAAGGACCUGUAGGCAACUGUAUGGCAUCACUGUAUAAACUUUUUUCCACAAAAGUGUGAAGUGGUUGAAAGUGGACAAGCUCAAGGAGUUUAGAGUCAAUCACAUACAUCAAAUUCAUACAGAUACCCUGGCAGAUUAACAGUUAUUACAAUCACGUAUCAACACACAACAAGACUAUUAAAUGUAUUUAUUUCUUCAAAUCCCUAUUAUAGGGGUCCUAUUGUGCUCUAUUUUGGCAGUGUGCUAGAAUGUGGUCUCAUGCUUGGUGGUUUAAAAAACACAUGAUUUUUCCCUAUACCUUUCUCCCCAGCACAAAUAGCUUAAUUAGUUCUGGGUCAGACAAAGAUCAGAACUUACCAGUGUUUUCAAUGAUAUAAGGUUUGGGUUGCAGACAUUUGAAUCCAUAUACUGUAUGUACAGUUACUUAAUAGUCAUUGAGUACUCAACAGAGACUCUUUAGGAAAUCAGAAUGUUUCCUCUAUUAUCUAUCAGUUAAACCAGACAUGUACUAUAGUUAAUCCAAAAUUAUACUAUCAGUCAAACAAGCCACUAUUUCAUAAGAAGAUGAUGAAUUGACGUGUUGUAAAUCCAGCAGCUUUAAUCUCUCCACUGCAGAUUAACAUAGUGUCACUCAUCAUAAACUAAUAUGGUCAUUCUUAAUGAUGAUUAAAUGUCAUUUAAAAACUAAAUACUUACACAUAUUUGAGAAUUUGUAAUAUCAGAUUUUUCACAAAAUAAUCAAUUGGAGCCGAGAAUAUUGGUCAAGAGGAUUGCGCAGAAUAUUUGCAUGCUCGGAUAUAUCAAGACAUAUCAGAAUUACAACAUUAUUGUUGUUUUGCCCCUCCCCACCAACCAUUCGAAUUUCCAUUGGUGGAAUUUUUGUGACAUCAUAAACUCUGGAAAACAAUGCUUGUAGUCCAAAUGUGCUGUUCCUUGUAGUUCUUUAUAUUUAUAAAGCUAAAUAGCUCUCUUUGGAGUAGAAUCGACCUUUGAGAUUUGUAAUUUUGUUGAUCGUUUUUUAUUUCCAAACAUACAUGCUACACACUGACCAACAUUUAAAAAGCAUAAUAGGUCCCCUUUAAGUAAAUACAUUGGCAUAAUAUUUGCAAUGCAUCUGGGCAGCUAUUUUGGGCAUGCAAGACAAACUUUUUAACAGUGAAUUCACAAACUUCUUGCCAACACAUCAUUGAACAAUAUUUCACAUCAGCUAUAAAGUUUGAUAUGAACUGUUAUGUUUUUUGUGCUAAAACACGUAGUGCCAUUGGUUCAGGUUGGUCCCGCAAAUGGCUAUGCACUGUCCCAACAUGAGGUUUUUAAAGCUGCUGUAGUGAGACAGUGACUUUACUGAGUUACAGUUCCCAGCAAACAAUUUUGUUUAAUAGACAUCUAAUAGACAUCUAAACAUAGUCAGCUUGCCUAAACAAGGCUAAACUUGGGAUUUCAGUGAAAAUCUAAUAGAUGACUAGUCUGGUUAGUCCCGAAUUUAGCCUUGUUUUAGCCAAGGCGACUAUGUUUAGACAUCUAUUAGACAUCUUUUAAAAACAAAAAAUGCUUGCUUGGUUGUUCAAGAGCUUCUUGGAAUUAGAUGGUGGGACUAUUCUAUUAUAUUGCACAAAAGUGUUCCUCCUAGUCGCAGCAACAUUCAAGUCUAUGUGCCUUUACUUCAAGUGAUAAGAGGUUUGAAGUAAUUGUAAGUGAGGUUAUGAUGAUCCACGUCUCACUAGGCCAGUGCGUUAACUCACGCAAACAAAAAAACCUCAUUAACGAGAUAGAUUCCCCCCACCCGUACUUUUCCUAUAUUGUGUUACAUUUGUUUUAUUGUAUCUAUAGUAUACAGACAAUAAGUUAUUACUUUUGAAUUAGUAUGUAAGCGUAAGUACUUGAUAUUAAUAUAUUUCUUCAUAAAUGUACAAUAUGUGAAACCUAUACUUCAUGCAGAUAUAUGUGUAUUUAUAACAGCCUUAAACGAUUGAGGAUUUGCCUUUAGUGGGGAUUAAGUAUAAAGCUGUGGUCACACUG